AUGACCGCUGAAGAUACCGUUCACGAGGUCCACGACGUCGCCCCUCGCCUGAAGGGUACUGAUGGCCGCCCCAAGCCCCAUGUCGGCCCCGGCUUGGACGAUUAUAAGGCGGUCCAUUCCAAGACUGUCGGUGAUGGCUCGGAUGAAUGGUGGGCAAAGACCGCGAAAGAAACCCUCUACUGGCAUCGUCAAUUUGAGACCGUUCGCGCCGGUUCUUUCGAAAAUGGUGACAUUGCAUGGUUCCCCGAAGGCGGACUCAAUGCCUCCUACAACUGCCUUGACCGUUGGGCAUUUAAGAACCCAGACAAGCCUGCAAUCAUCUACGAAGCCGAUGAGCCCGGUGAGGGUGUCAUCGUGACCUAUGCCGAACUCCUCCGUGAGACAUGCAGGAUUGCCAACGUGCUCAAGGAAUUCGGUGUUCGCAAGGGCGAUACUGUCAGCAUUUACCUUCCUAUGACUUGGCACGCUGCCGCUGCCUUCCUCGCUUGUGCUCGUAUCGGCGCGAUCCACAGCGUCAUCUUCGCUGGUUUCAGUGCUGAGUCGCUCCGUGAUCGCGUCGUGGACUGCGGAUCGCGUGUAGUGAUCACCACCGAUGAAGGUCGCCGUGGUGGAAAGACCAUCGCGACCAAGGCAAUCGUCGAUGCUGCCCUCAAAGGUGUCCCGAGUGUCGAGCACGUCUUGGUACUCAAGCGCACCGGCGGCGAGGUGAACAUGGUCGAAGGACGCGACAAGUGGUGGCAUGAGGAGGCUGCAAAGGUUCCUGCUUUCUGCCCUCCCGAGAUCGUGAGCUCUGAAGAUCCCCUCUUCAUCCUCUACACUUCGGGUUCGACUGGUCGCCCCAAGGGUGUCGUCAUACCACUGGCGGUUCGCCUGCAUGGCCGACAUCGGUUGGAUCACUGGGCACACCUACAUCAUCUAUGGUCCUCUCUCAAUGGUGUCACUACAACCGUAUUCGAGAGCACUCCUGUCUACCCCACCCCCUCGCGCUACUGGGAUGUCGUCCAACGCCACAAGAUCACCCAAUUCUACACUUCUCCUACUGCCAUCCGUCUCCUCCGUCGCUUGGGCGAACACCAUUUCGAGGGUUAUGAUCUCAGCACACUGAGGGUCCUUGGAUCCGUCGGUGAGCCCAUCAAUCCCGAGGCAUGGCACUGGUACAACGAAAACGUCGGUAAGAAGCAGUGCGCGAUUGUCGAUACCUUCUGGCAAACCGAAACCGGCUCGAUCGUAGUUACCCCGCUCCCGGGAGCCGUUCCGACCAAGCCUGGAUCCGCAACCGUUCCAUUCUGGGGUGUCGAUCCUGUGAUUUUGGACCCGGUAUCCGGCAAGGAACUCGAGGGCAACAAUGUUGAGGGUGUGUUGUGCAUCCGCAAGCCUUGGCCAUCGAUUGCCCGUUCGGUGUACAAGGACCAUGGGCGGUACUUGGAUACGUAUCUCAAGCCGUACCCCGGAUUCUACUUCACCGGCGACGGCGCCGCUCGCGACCAAGACGGCUACAUCUGGAUCAAGGGCGUGUCGAUGGUGCAUGUCAUCAACGUAUCUGGUCAUCGUCUCUCGACUGCUGAAAUCGAGUCUGCGCUCAUUAUGCACGCCGGUGUGGCCGAGACUGCUGUUAUCGGAACUGCGGACGAGUUGACUGGUCAAGCCGUCCACUCGUUUGUUACGCUCAAGCCUGAAUUCGAGUACGAUCCCUCGCAGAGCGGAGCGCUCAUCAAGGAACUCACUCUUCAAGUCCGCAAAGUCAUCGGUCCUUUCGCUGCCCCCAAGCAGAUUUACAUUGUCAAUGACCUCCCUAAGACUCGCUCCGGAAAGAUUAUGCGCCGUGUAAUGCGCAAGAUUGUCGCAGGCGAGGCCGACCAGCUCGGUGACCUCAGCACCCUCGCCGAUCCUUCCGUUGUAGACCAGAUCAAGGAGCAGGUUGAAAAGGCUCCGAAAAAGUAG